UUUCUAUUGUGUGAUCAUCGCAUCGUUACGUAUUUCGAAACGAAACUGCACUGUACAAAAGUGAUCAUGAUUGAGAGAGAUUAAUCGAGUACUUAGUUUGUUUAAUAAUAUCUUGUUAAUAAACGAAUCAUUAAUACAUAAUCAGAGUGUAUAGUUUUGUAAAAUAAAUAGCCUGUUAGAAGAAGGACUCGGAAUUUCUACAGCAGCUGAUGUGUAAAGAUGGCCAAGCUCAAUACAAACAAAUAGUGAUCAGUUAUGUGCUGAUUUCACAACUGACUGUGCACUAAGGGUAUUUUUAUAUUUAUAGACAAACGAUAAGGAUACUUACUUUUAUCAUACGUUGAAAGAUGGCUUAUGAUCCACGUAAUAUAAAAUAUCCAUCUGAUAUGCACAACCAUCAACAUAAUCAGCCUAAUAUCACUGGAUAUACAUACUCUGGGCAUCCGGUAACUCAUGUUCAACAAACGGAUGAAAAUAGAAAUGAGAAUAAUUGUGGAAAUAAGGAGACAUGCCCUCAGAUAUCUCAUCAAUCUUCGGGUACACAGACUAUUCAAAAAGUAGAUGCAGCAACUAUGACCGAUCCGUUACAAAUAGACUUUAGACUUACUUCAGAGUACUUAGCACGAUGUUCUAGUACAUUAGGUUUACCAUAUGUAACUAAGUAUGAAGAAAAUAGCAACAAUUCGACGCAUAAUUGCCAAGAAAUUAGACCAAAAAUUGAAUUUGAAGUUGAGCCACAACAUAUCAAUGGUAUGUUAAUAUAUCGUUGUCCAGAAUGUGCAUUCAGAUUUGAAGACAGAGAGGCGUUACACGAACAUCUGGAAGAUCACAGGCAACGACCUCACAUUUGUGAUAUUUGUGGCGCAAGUUUAAAACGCAAGGAACAUCUAGAUCGUCACAAACAAGGACACAAUAAAGAUAGGCCUUAUCAGUGUAAUAUGUGCUGCAAAGCAUUUAAACGCAAUGAACAUCUUGCACGUCACAUGAUUAUACACUCAGGUAGCAAAAAUCAAGUUUGUACAGAAUGUGGCAAAGCUUUUUAUAGAAAGGAUCACUUAAAAAAACAUUUGCAAAGUCAUAAUAGUAGCAGAAGCAAAAAUCUAAACAGUUCGCAGAAUAAUCAGAAUAGCCAUAAUAACGGCGAAGAAGGAUUAAGUAGUUUUGCAAUGAUGAUGAGGCAGACUGGGCCACCUCCAUUUUCUAUUUUGAGAACUUAAUACAUUUUUAUCUUAAUCUUAAAACAAAGUUGUUUUGUAAUUUAGGCAAUUUAAAUUUGAGAGAUUGAUACAGCGAGCUUUAUCAGAGACACUUUCAUGAAGUAACAGAAUAGUUGUUGAUGGUUCCAAAUUUUGCAGUUUCGAACCAAUUACAAUCGGAUUGAAUAACUACAAUUGUUCAAUUACAGCUAUAGUAGACUCUAGGUUACAAUUGCGGGAUUAUCCAAAAUUCCAAAGGCUCCGGUGUUCUUUCAUCUCCGACAUAUAUAUAUAUAUAUAUUAUAUAUAUAUGUAUUAGUCUGGAAAUGCUACUUAUAACGUAGCUGAAAAACAAACAGGCUCUAAAUUAAUUCUGCAAAUUUUAUAUUUCUCUUUUUAAUAUGCCUCUAAUAUGCACAAUAUUCUUAAAGUAAGAACGUACCUGUUAAGGGCAGUUUUUUGAGAUGUAAUAUAUAUAUUUAGAUACUUUAAAUAAUUUUAUUUAGGAAAGAUAUUUAUAUAAAUUAUUCAAGCUUUUAUAUAAAUUACAACUGGGUAUAAGCCCUAGUAUCGUUGAAUUUUUUUCUUUAAAUCUUACAUUUGAUAUGAUGUUCGAAAUGUAUGGAAAGAACAAGAAUAAUGCUAGCUUAGCAAUAAAAUUUUUAGUUUCAAAUUUAAUAAAAAAAUGUUAAUAUAUUAAUUAGAUGUAUCUUACUGUGUAUUCUAAAUUAAAGCAGCCUUUGUAAGACCAGCUUUUAAAUACUUUCAUCUUUAAGCAAAUAGAGAUGCAAAUACUCUAUAAUACCGUGCACAAACGAUUCUUGUUAUGCUCAAGAUACUGAAAGAAGAUGCGUAUUUGUUAUAUAUGAUGUGUAAAAGUGGAACGAAAAUACAUGAUUUUGUUUUCUGCUAAGAUAACGGUAUCAAUCAUCUUGGAUCAUGUGCCUAAAAGAAACAGCAUAAUAACACCUAUCUUUGCACGUAAUUAUGAAAAAGGAAUAUAAAAUCAACGUUAAGAAUAGUCUGUAAUCAAUGGAAUACAUUUUGUAGCCCUAACUGGAAAGGAACAUUGCACAAAGUACGGUUUUUAUCGAUAUUAAUUUCUCCGUUACUUUUUAUUUAUAUGCCUUUACCUUCUUUCAUGUUGUACAUUGUAAAUAUGUAGGAUUAAAGAAACUUUGAUCCAUGUUAGAGUAAGAGCAAUGUUCCUUAAUGUUUAAAGUUGAAACAGCGAUGAAUGUAAGGAUAUGUCAUGUUAAAUAAUUCAAUACUGCAGUUUACAUUGUGCGAGCGUGUCAGUAUGUUUGUACGUGUGCUAUAUAGAAAUAUAUAGAUACGCGUAUAAUAUGUAGUAAUAUGUAUUGUAUUAUAUUAAUAUGUUAUAUGUUAUACGCGUAUUUACACGUGAAAUGUUACGUCAAAUUACCCCUGUAAAUUAUGUAUUUAUAUUUAUUAAGAAGAACCGACCAUAUAUCGGCUUUACUAUAUAACGCUUCCAAAGUGUACAUAAUCGGACAUAUUACGUGAAAUAUGGUUAAAAAAAGAUCAACGUUUUGUUAUCGGUUGUAGUAGUUACAAUUAAACUAAUAAAUCAUUAUUACAUAAAAUUAUAAGUCGUUUUAAAUUAAAUCAUAUUUUAUAACCCAUUUGUGUGUGUGUGUGUUUGUUUGUUUGUUUGUUUUAGCAUCAGGAUAUGGAGAACGAAGGAAUUAUGAAUAAUAAAAAUUAGCAUAUUUUCUUAGAUGACUUUUCAUACAAUUUUUAUAUAUAUAUAUAUAGAUAUAUAUAUUAUAUAUAUAGGGUAUUACAUAAAGCAGCACUGGGAAAUGUCCGAAAAAACGUUCACAAACUUUAAACUUCUAUCCUCGCAACCUAAAUUCGUCUGUCUGUAUUUUUUUUUUUUUUUUUAUACCUACAUCUCCCUUUUAUACGUUUCGUCUUCUCAUCUA